AUGACAUCGCGACACAGUCAAAACAGCACGGAUGAGUCGAUGCGGUCCCUGCCACGUCACGCCAAUCUCGCCAUUGAGUACAUCGAGGCAACCAACCUGGAUGAAUUCCCCGAUGACGUUGUCCUGCGUCGCUCACUGACAACAAGAUCCGUCAUCUCAACAACCUCCUCGUUCGCAGCUCAAUAUCAUCGUGCCGUGACACGUCCCAAACUUCAAUGCAUCCAGGAAAUCGGCCAAGGCCUGCAGGGAACCAUUUUCGAACAGGUUGGCCAGUCUCUGGUCAUGAAGAAGGAGAAGCCAGGCAACGAUGCACUUCCUUCGAACCUUGUGCACGAGUACACAAUGCACAGGAGCGUCGCUGCUGCCUUUUCCCGAUAUGCCCCCUCUGUCGGUUGUGAUAUUCAUAUUCCGAAGCCAUCGGGCAUCACUCAACAGUCCGAUGACGCAUUUUGGACCGAGAAUCUGCACAAGUUCCCCGCAGGUCACCAAACUCGCACCACUCUCGUUCACAUGGAGCGAAUUUUGCCCUUGCCGAAAGUCAUUCGACGAGCUCUGGUCAAACAGUUCUACCCUUUUCAGAAUCACGUGGUCGACUUGGACAUGACAAACACCAUUCUCCACGCCCCCGAGAACAAGCAUUGCCUUGCACGUACCUAUCUGGGUUGCAACGAUCGUCCGCUCCGCAAGGACACUUUCAGCUUAAGAAACUUUCCCCUCUACCUCGAUGCUAUGGUGCGCCUUGAUUUGGAAACUCGGACUCUGGCCCUUGCCAUGGGCCAAUCAUACGCGAUUAUGCAUUGGGGAGCCUGCGUUGAUGCCGACGAUGUUGAAUUCGUUCUGGGAUCCUCCGCCAAACCCAGUCGGGAGCAGCAACCGGACUUUCAGAAUCGGGCUGUGGCCUUUUUCCUUUUGGAUUUCGGACAAUGCACUGCGGUAGAUCUUGCUCAAGACACUGCCAUGGUGUACCAAGCCUUUAAAGGGGCCAUGGUUACGGGGGAUAAUCAACUGUUCAUUCCUCACUACAAGAAGAGUCCCCAGUUGUUUGCAGCAUUCAGAAAGGGCUAUGUCGAGGCGGGGACUCGCAUUCUAGAGGACAAGAACUUGUGUGACAAGUUUAGUAUGGAACAUUUCAUGGUGGAGUACGAGGAGUACGCAGAGGACUUUUUAUUAUAA